AUGGGGGCCUCGUUCUCACAUCUGGGUCUAAGUAAUGACGUUGUAUCAUCGGUAGUGAGCCUUCCAUCGAGUAACACCGGUAAGAAGAGCUCUUCUAAGUCUAAGAAUCUACAGCGAUGGACCUCCUCAGGGUUAUCAACCCCAAGGGACUCAGAACAUUAUACCGAUUUGGAUGACGACUGGGACUCAAACGUUGAGAAUUGCUUGACAAGUGUGAAUUCACAGCCCAAGUUCAUUGAGAAUAAGCCCACCUUUGAGUACCCAUUGAUUAGAAAGAUCAGCUCCGGUGUCAAAUCCAGCACAGAUGAUGGAGCUCUCGCACUCUAUGCACCACAUAUCCUCCAAGAAGAAGAGAGUCAUAAAGAGUUGGAAGAGAUGAAUGCAAAACUAUCCAGGUACCAUAGAUUUAAGCAUCUCGUUGAAGAAUCAACUGUGGAUAUGGACAAACUGAAAAAAAUGGCAUGGAAUGGUAUCCCUUCUGAAUUAAGACCGAUUAGUUGGCAAUUAUUAGUUGGAUACCUCCCUACUAAUUCCAAUAGACGUGAAGCACAACUUCACAGAAAGAGACAAGAGUACUUGGGACUCAUAGAACAAGAAUUCACUAAGGAAAAAGACGCACAGACAUGGCAUCAAAUCGAAAUUGACAUUCCAAGAACAAAUCCACGUAUCAAGCUGUAUGGGUUCAAGUCCACUCAGAGAUCCCUGGAAAGAAUUCUAUACCUAUGGGCUGUCAGACAUCCUGCAUCUGGUUAUGUUCAGGGUAUCAAUGAUUUGGCAACGCCUUUCUAUCAGACCUUUCUGAGCGCAUACAUCAAGGAUGAAACCGAUGUGACGCAAUUCGAUCCAAGUACCUUGCCAAAAGAUUCGAUAGAUGCCAUAGAGGCUGAUACGUUCUGGUGCCUAACAAAGCUCUUGGAAGGCAUCCAGGAUAACUACAUCCAUGCACAGCCAGGCAUCAUACGACAAGUGAACGAAUUGAAAGACCUCGUGAGGAGAAUUGAUACAGAGUUGUCAAACCAUCUGGAUGACGAAAACGUUGAGUUCAUCCAGUUCUCCUUCAGAUGGAUGAACUGUUUGUUGAUGAGAGAAAUCAGCAUGGAGAGCACAAUCCGUAUGUGGGACACCUAUCUCAGUGAACCGAAUGGCUUCAGCGAAUUCCACGUCUACGUCUGCGCAGCCUACUUGGUCAAGUGGAGCGACGAGUUGAAGAAGAUGGAUUUCCAGGCCAUCAUGAUGUUCUUACAGGACCCACCGACUAAGAACUGGACAGAAAAGGAUGUAGAACUUUUACUGAGCGAAGCAUUCAUCUGGCAGAGUCUCUAUAAGAAUGCCACGGCUCAUCUAAGAGGAUAA